AUGAAGCAGCUUCACUUCCGCCACUUGGUCAACUUUGUUCUGCCGGAGAAGCGCAUGAAGGAGAUUGCAUCUUCCUACGACGUCGUUGAUGGUCCCAAUGACGAGGGAGAGAUGUUCACUCGCCCGGGCAUUCUGGUUGAUGCUUUCCCCUCGCCUUACCCCAACGAGGAGGCGGCGCGCUACGCGAACGGAGGCGCCAACCCACCGGACCUGUCGGUCUACACCACUGCGAAGCACGAGGGCUUGGACUACAUCUUCGCAUUGCUGCUUGGAUACCGUGAUCCUCCGGCCGGCAUCGACGUCCGCGACGGGCUGUACUACAACGUGUACUUCCCCGGAGGCCUGAUCGGCAUGCCCAGCCCGCUCCACUCGGAUGGCCUCGUGGAUUACGAGGAUGGAACGCCCUGCACGAAGUCACAGAUGGCCAAGGACGUCGUGAACUUCCUUUGCUGGGCAGCCGAGCCAGCCCACGACGAGCGUAAGUUGAUCGGCUUGAAGGCGAUGUCGGCUUGCUUCGUCGGUACCUUCAUCGUGGGCUUCUGGUACAGAAGCAUGUGGAUCGGGUUCAAGACCCGCCGCAUCGAUUUCACGAAGGCCGUCAUGUGA